UUUUGGUAGAAACUUAAACUCUAGCACAAAAAUGAUUUGUGAGGGGGUUAAAAAUCUAGAUUUAAAGAGCAUCAUAUAUUAGUGUUAACUCAAGAUUUCGUUUGUUUUUAUUAUACAAAAUCAGCAGCCACGGAAUGAUUUGCUCUGUUUCUAAACAACAACCCACCUCCCCUGUUUUCAUUAGUUUUUUUUUAAUAAAUACGAAGUUGUGUGCAUCCCACUGUUCUGAUCUUCUUUUACACAAGUUAGGGUCGAUUUAGCUAAUUGUUUUUGCUGCUUUGUCUCUUGCUUCUCGAGUCAUGGCCCUGUUUAGGUUCUGAAUUUCCGAGUUGUGUUGAGUUGGUUAUCACCGAGUCUGUCGCUUUCUUUCCUUCUUUUUCACUACUGCGUUUUUCUUGAUGAUUUCACCGAGUAGGAGUCGAGUCUGUGUUCACGAGUUUAAGCACCGAGUCAGCCCCGCAGUUGUUAAGUUACCGAGUUGACUCCUGUGUUUUCUGCUGUGCUUGAGUCUGUUCCUAGUUUAUGUUUCUGCUCUUUUUCGUUUUUGAACUGAGUCACCGAGUCUGCCAUGUCUGCUUCAUUAGUUGGGUUUGGUUUAUGUUGCUUAGAAUCAGGUCUUUAGUGUGCUUUGUCUUUAAUUUCGUUGCUGUGUUUUGUUGCUGCAGUAUAGUCGAGUCAUUGGUUCGUUCUGUUGUGAGUUUUGCUUGUUUCCGAGUCCACUGUUUUAGCGAGUUUAAGGUGCUGGGUUUGUUUCAAAUCGCCGAGUUCUUCUUUUCCUGCUGUUUGCUGUUGCCGAGUCACUUCCUCUGUAUUUUGUUACCACUUCGUCACUUUCCGAUUAACCGAGUCUUUGUCGUAGUUUUCAGUUUUGAGUUUUGAUGAUUUACUGGGUUAGAUGCGGCCACAGUUUUGUUCAAGUCUACGGCCUGAGUUUACAGAAGUGUGUUUAAGUAAUAGUAUAAUAAGGGCCUGCAUUUUUCCUUUUGGUUGUUGCUGAGUGCGAUUGACUUUAUAUGUUUAACUAGUCAAAUUAUGCCUGGAUUUGUACGCGUUAUAACUUCACUGUUCUAAAAUGAAUCUUGGUUUAUAAAAAGCUUGUGUGGAUUUGCGGCUGGUUACUUAGUUUAAUUAAUUUCUUUUUAGACUUACAUUUUAGAUUUCGUUAAAAGAAAAACCUCCCUCACAAAUUUAUUGUUCUAAUUCGCCUAGAUUUAAAGUAAAGGAAUUUGCGGAAAAUAAUUUUAAUCUCUGUGGACGAAUCAUAAAUAUUAAAACGGUGAUCGUGCGCUUGCGAUUUUAUAAGGUAUAUUUUCUAGCACAUCAGUAACAAAUAUUGCAAUAAUUUGCUCAUUUGUAACAAAUCUUGCACUCCGUCCCUGUCUCAAGACAUUAAUUCUCCUAUUCAGUUGAGAAAAUCUAAAAUUUGCGAUGUCAAGUUGUCGAGACUAGUGCCUCAUUAAUUCAUUCCUAGACACAAUAAUUUCAUUCUAAAUUUGUGCCUUUUGAGCCACCAUGUCUUCAAGCAUCACCAUCUAUUUCCGCUUGACGGAAAUGACGAGCAUUGAUCAUUGCUACUGAAAUACUUAUAAUUUGAUUCUUUCAACAAAAAAGAAACCCAUAAGUUGAUGACUAUAAUUAUCCCCAUCUUCCAUUAUUUUCUUAAAUUCUUGAUAUUGUUUCUUACUUUGUAGUUUGAUUUGUUUUUCUUCCUCUAUGUUUUGUCUUUUACUCGUGUUCAUCUGGGAUAUUUAUAGGCGUGAGGCAUUCCGACCGCCCCGCUCAAACUCGAUCCAAUCCCCGCUUCGUUUGGAUCGGAAAAUCAGUGAAUUUUUCGAAGAAAGAGGGAACAUAAUUUUUUUAAAAAAAUUGGGAUCGGGACGGGUCGGGAUUUUGUAUCUCCUUGCCACAAUCCCCCGACCCUGAUGCAAUAAAUAAUAAUAAUAAUAAUAUAUUUAUGUAAAUUUAUACUAAAUAAAUUAAAAACAAAUAACAUUUGUAAUAUUAUUAAAAUUAAAAAAUAAUCUAUAAUUUUGUUCAUCAUUUUUUUAUAUUCUAUAAGUUUAAAAUUGUCAUUUAUUUCCUUACAAAAAAAUUGUCAUUUAUUUAUAUUAAAAACCAAUUUUAAUAUGAUUUAAUGUUAAAAAUACGGGGUAAUGUCAUCACUUUAUUAGUAUAUUACGAGUUAGUAGAUUGUUUUUUAUCAAAAAAUAUAUUUAUAUAUUAUAAUAUUAUAUUUUUUAUUAAAAAAUAAAAUUUUCCGAAUUCUUUCGGGAUCCCCGUUUGCGACAUGAAUCGGGGAGGGGAAGAAUUCUAGUUCGGGGUUUGGGAAUCGUGACGGGGAUAUCACUCCCGACCUCAAAGUGCCCCACUGCUCAUUCUAAACCAAUUCCAACUAAAAAUCAAAAGUAUAAUAGGUUUUUUUUUUUUUCAAAUCCGAAAGUAUAAUAGGGAUCCAAACCACGAUAUGAAUACUUUGAAACCUUUUUAAUUUUGAUGAUUACAACUUAGCUGGCUAACUUAGUAUUAUACACAUUAUAAAUAUUUAUAGUGUCUUAUAAUCCGUGAUGUGAAGUUGUUGAUGAACUAUUAUGUUUAUUACUAUGAAUUAUCAUUCAAGGCUAUUUAUUUUUGAAAUUGUGCCUAAGUUGCAGGGAUUUAGAGCAUCUCCAAUGGGAGGUGCCAAGAGGAGUGCCAAUACCAUGUGGCAUGACAUGGACCGGCACUCUCGUUGGCACCCCAUUGGAGAUGUUGGAGUGCUACUGGGUGCUAAAAGUUGGCAACCUAUAAAGUAGUGUGUCAACUUCAUUUGUGGUCCCAAUAAUACAUAAAAUAUAGAUUUGUGAUCCCAAUAAUACAUAAAAUAUUAUUUAUCUUUUAAUAAAGUUGGCAUCUUGGAGUGCCAACCAUUGGAGUGUAUUUUGAAAUAAGGAUGCUAAAAAUGAUUUGAAAGAGUCAAUAUACUUAUAUAAAGGAGAAGCGUGGGGCGUGUAGGUGGCGUCUCUCACAUCGCUCUGUUCUAUUUUUCUAAUUUUCUGAAAUUUUUGGAUGAAAAAUAUCAAAAAUUAGAACUACUUUUUUGGUUUCGGGUAUAUUAGAAGUAAGUUUCAGAAUAUGAUUUUGUAUCAGAUUAUUUAUGGAAUAUAGUAGCUUAAAAGUUUUAAUAUGAUUUUGUUUCAGAUUAUUUAAUUAUGGGAAAGAGUAGCACACAAGUCUCUCUGAUUUUGUAUCAGAUUAUUUAUGGAAUAUAAUAACUUGAAAGUUUUAAUUUUAAUUUAUAUAAAGGAGAAGCGAGGGCGUGUAAGUGGCGCUUCUCACAUCGCUCUGUUCUAUUUUUCUAAUUUUCUGGAAUUUUUGGAUGAAAAAUAUCAAAAAUUAGAACUACCUUUUUUAGUUUCGUGUAUAUUAGAAGCAAGUUUCAGAAUAUGAUUUUGUAUCAGAUUAUUUAUGGAAUAUAUAUAGUAGCUUAAAAGUUUUAAUAUGAUUUUGUUUCAGAUUAUUUAAUUAUGGGAAAGAGUAGCACACAAGUCUCUCUGAUUUUGUAUCAGAUUAUUUAUGGAAGAUAAUAGCUUGAAAGUUUUAAUAUGAUUUUGUUUCAGAUUAGUUAAUUAUGGGAAAGAGUAGCAUACAAGUCUCUCUGCACCUAUAAAUACCUUUGUAGAUUGUAGGAUUUUGGAUCAUCUAAACACAAUUUCCUCUCCCUUGAUAUGAGUCGACAUAUCCAAACACGGGAAAAGAAUACAGUCUUGACAUGAUAUUGAUGGAUGAUAUAGAUGUAUGUUUGUUGGUUAUUCUUUUAUAAUAUUUGUUUUGUUCAUCGGACAUGUUUGUUGUUGUUAAUUUUUAUAUGAUUCAUUUUGUAUAUAGGAAAAAAUUAUUCAUGCAUUAUCUGUUUGUUUUUAUUCUACAAAUAUUAAUAUUGAAUCAUUAAUAUAAUUUUUAUAGGCCGCCGCAACGCGCGGUUUCUCAACUAGUGUGAAUAUAAAAUAUAAUAUUUUGAGUUAUGUGUCAAAAUUGGCACCCCUUGAAGGGCGUCAACCAUUAGAGAUGCUCUUAGGGGGAGUUUUCUCCUAAAAAUAUUUAUUUGUAAUCAUAAAAAAGGGGGAGUUUUUCUCCUAAAAAUAUUUAUUUGAUUAAAAGUUAAGGUUGAAGUAAGUACCUGAAUCGAUGCACUCUGAGAAACAUCAUGCGAUCCAGAUAUUGGAUGAAAAUGUGAAAUGUUUCGGCAAAGCUGGAUAUAUGAAACCUGCUGAUGCAUCCACUAUCUUAGAUUCCAGUACAAAAUUACCAGGCGCUCUAUUUUCAUGCAAUACUAUAUGAAUUUGUGAGAACCUUUCUUGUUAACAGACCUAUCUUCCCUGAAUCCUAGGAACAUAUACAAAGAAGAACUUCAGGCAAGCUUUGAUGAUACAGAGAAACAUCUAACCACAAUUUUGUUGCCGGAAAUAUUGUUUAGCAAUAGCAAGGAUGUCACAAUAUCUUCUACUUCAAGUUUGAAUCUUGAACCACUUACAAACUUGCAUAGUGCUCUAUACAAACUUAGCAUGCAGCUAAUUUGAGUACACUAGACACUUUAAUUUACAGGGUUCUUUUUUACUUCUUGUUUAAUCAAUACACGUCAUCAAGAAGUAAAAAUCAUAAAAAGUGCAGGAGCUGCAUACUGCAAGAUCACAUGCAUGAGCUAGUGCAGUGCCUAGCAUUAUCAGAAAAAGCCCGGGUUUUUUAAAGACCAGACCCGGGCCUAGCAGACCGGUCCUUUGUUCAGGUCCAGGUGGUUCCAGCAUUGUAAUAUAACCUGGCUUCAACCUGGCACAUUGUGACAAUACAUAAUCAAAACAGAAAAAAUACAAAGUGCAAGUUAACUUAUGUAAAUAACUUUUCCAUGCACUCAAUUCAUCCAUAAAUCCAAGUUGCCUAGUAAUAUCAGCUCUGCCUCUAUAUAGACAAGACUGCUUUGCUCAUUCCUUGCAAAGAAUGAUGAAACAUAUUUACUUUUGUCUAAUCCAGUUCCUAGUGUUCUAUAAUUUGUCAUUUAUUAGUGUUGAAGCUCAAGAAUGCCAGUCAAGUGGGACAAUUGCAGGGACAAGCCCUCCAAAUGGCCAAUGCAACACAGCCUAUGGAGCCGCAUGCUGCGAACAAGACAAGAUUUAUGACAUUUUCACAUGUUCUCCACCUCUUUCGGGAGCUACAACCGCGACUCUAACCUUGAACAGUUUUGAGGAUAAUGGAGAUGGCGGCGCGCCAUCUGAGUGUGAUCAGAAGUACCAUUCGAAUGAGACUCCUGUAGUGGCUCUGUCGACUGGAUGGUUUAACAACAUGAGUAGAUGUAACAAGAACAUUGUUAUUUACGGUAAUGGAAUGAGUGUGACAGCAGUGGUGGUUGAUGAAUGUGAUUCGACUACGGGGUGUGAUCAAGAUCAUGCUUAUCAGCCCCCUUGUGAUGAUAAUAUUGUUGAUGCUUCUGAAGCUGUUUGGACUGCUUUAGGUGUUCCGAGGAGCGAAUGGGGAUCAAUGCAGAUCUCAUGGUCCGAUGAUGCUUGAUAUUCUUCAAUU